CGAGCUCGGGCGGGCGUACGGAAAGGGCUGGGCCACGUGGGCGGCUGCUGAGUGGUUCGCCUUCGCUCCUCAGCGCACAGUCUGUCAGAGGCAAGCUCAGAGCGCACGGAGAGCGCGGUAGCGCGCGCCCGCGCGCGUUCUUAGUACCUUCCCCGGUGACGUGCCUGACCGAGGCCGCGCCAGGGCGCUGUUGCUGCCAAUACAGCUGUCAUGGCGUCCGAGGCGCUGGCUGCGGAGAACUGGCCGCGGUCUCCAUAGAGCUGGGGGCGGGCGGCCCGGUAUGGAGAGCAGCCCCGAGAGCCUGCAGCCGCUAGAACACGGGGUGGCGGCCGGGCCAGCGUCAGGGACAGGUUCUUCGCAAGAAGGGCUACAGGAGACGAGGCUCGCCGCUGGUGAUGGUCCUGGGGUAUGGGCGGCGGAGAGCAGCGGCGGGAAUGGGCUGGGGGCGGCGGCCGCCAGGAGGAGCCUCGGGGACUCGGCUUCUCCCGCGGGCUCUCCUGAGGUUCCCGGACCCUGCAGCUCCUCCCCGGGUUUGGACUUGAAGGACAGUGGUUUGGAGAGUCCUACUGCCGCCGAGGCGCCUCUGAGAGGGCAGUACAAGGUGACCGCCUCCCCGGAGACAGCCGUGGCCGGAGUGGGUCAUGAGUUGGGUCCCGCCAGAGACGCGGGAGCCCGCCCGGAUCUCGCCGGCAUCUGCCAAGCAGAGCUGACCGCCGCCGGCUCCGAAGAGCCCAGCAGCGCCGGCGGCCUCAGCAGCAGUUGCAGCGACCCGAGCCCUCCCGGGGAAUCUCCGAGCCUGGACUCUCUGGAGUCGUUCUCUAACCUGCAUUCUUUUCCCAGUAGCUGCGAGUUCAAUAGUGAGGAGGGAGCGGAGAACAGGGUCCCUGAGGAGGAGGAGGGCGCGGCGGUGUUGCCCGGGGCUGUUCCUCUGUGCAAGGAGGAGGAGGGGGAGGAGACCGCUCAGGUGCUGGCGGCCUCCAAGGAACGCUUCCCGGGACAAUCUGUGUAUCACAUUAAGUGGAUCCAGUGGAAGGAAGAGAACACACCCAUCAUCACCCAGAAUGAGAACGGACCCUGCCCCUUGCUGGCCAUCCUCAAUGUUUUGCUCCUGGCCUGGAAGGUGAAACUUCCACCGAUGAUGGAAAUCAUAACUGCUGAGCAGCUGAUGGAAUAUUUAGGAGAUUACAUGCUUGAUGCAAAGCCAAAAGAAAUUUCAGAAAUUCAACGUUUAAAUUAUGAACAGAAUAUGAGUGAUGCCAUGGCAAUUUUGCACAAACUACAGACAGGCCUGGAUGUAAAUGUAAGAUUCACUGGUGUUCGAGUGUUUGAAUAUACACCAGAAUGCAUAGUAUUUGAUCUUCUUGAUAUUCCUUUGUACCAUGGGUGGUUAGUAGACCCUCAGAUUGAUGACAUUGUAAAAGCUGUUGGUAACUGCAGCUACAACCAACUAGUGGAGAAGAUCAUCUCUUGUAAACAGUCAGACAAUAGUGAGCUGGUUAGUGAAGGCUUUGUAGCUGAGCAGUUUCUAAAUAACACAGCCACUCAACUGACAUACCAUGGAUUAUGUGAACUAACUUCAACGGUUCAGGAAGGAGAACUUUGUGUGUUCUUUCGGAAUAAUCAUUUUAGCACCAUGACCAAAUACAAGGGUCAACUGUAUUUGUUGGUAACGGACCAGGGGUUUCUUACUGAAGAAAAAGUUGUUUGGGAAAGCCUACACAAUGUAGAUGGUGAUGGAAAUUUCUGUGACUCAGAAUUUCAUCUUCGACCUCCUUCAGAUCCUGAAACUGUAUACAAAGGACAGCAAGAUCAGAUAGAUCAGGAUUAUCUUAUGGCAUUAUCUCUACAACAAGAACAGCAGAGCCAAGAGAUCAAUUGGGAACAAAUCCCGGAAGGAAUCAGUGAUUUGGAACUAGCAAAGAAACUCCAAGAGGAAGAGGACAGACGGGCUUCUCAAUACUAUCAGGAACAGGAACAAGCAGCUGCUGCUGCUGCUGCUGCUUCUACACAGGCUCAGCAGGGCCAGCCAGCACAAGCCUCUCCAUCAAGUGGAAGACAAUCUGGGAAUAGUGAACGUAAACGGAAGGAACCGCGAGAAAAAGAUAAAGAAAAAGAAAAGGAAAAAAAUAGCUGUGUUAUUUUGUAACAAGUGUUGGCUUCUGUUGGAAUCACCUAUGUGUCAUGAGAAACAAAACCACAGGAGGAAAGGAAGAAAAACCGAUCAAUACCGUCUGUGCCUGAUUUCCCAAUGGAUUUUGUUCGUUUUUUCAGGGGAAAGGUUGUUACUUAGUUACAAUCAGACUUUUUCAAGUCACACAAUACACUCUUUAUGAGCUGGAGUUUCAUGUUACAAGUUGGAAAUGCUGUGUGUUGUCAUUCAUGAAUAAUACUGCACUUGUAGGCAGAUAAGCAAAUCACAGCAAAUUUUGUGUCAUAGUGACAUUCAUAACUCAUAUCAGUUAGUAAGCUAUUAUAUCUUCUGUUCUAACAAUGAAUGGAGGUAAUUGAUUUAGUCUGAUUCCUUCCUGAAAUCUAAAUAUUAGCACAAUAGUUUCUGAAAUUUUACAAUGUUAAAUUAUGAUCUAAUCCAUGAGAAACCACGGGUUUAACAUAGGGAUUCAAAAAAGCAAAAACAAAAUAAUAGGAAUAAAUAACCCUUAAUAGUAUAUUGGACUAGUUCAGCCCUUAAACAGCUUUACCUUUAUUUAGGAAUGUACAUUUUAGGUAUUAUCUUGAGAAUUGAUCUUGGAGCUUAGAUUUAAUUUAGAUAGCAAAAAUAAAGAUUUGUAUUUCUUUUCCAAUAACAAAAAGUUACAUAACACUAAUACUUAUAACCUAUCAAUAUCAGAUAUUAAUGACUUUGUAGUGUUGUAAAAUUUUGAGGAAUUUUGGAGUCUUUAUCAUAGGUAACCUGGACCACAGUUACUAUUUAUUGACAAUGUGAUUGAGUGUAUGGAGGAAAGCACAGUGGAUGCUAGGCUUUGUAAAUAUGGGGAUGUAGAAAAGCAGAUAGUUCAGUAGUUCAGUGUCUACCUUUUUCUAGAACUACCUUGAACCUUAAAUUUUAAGUCAUGUUCAUUGCUAGAAAAUUAAAUGUACUUAUUAAAGCCAAUGAAAAAGCACAUUUCUGAAAGGAAGUUAAAGAUAAUCUCUGUGUCUUGUAAAAAGACAUUAAUAAAAAUCUGAGAGGGCCAGGCGCAGUGGCUCAUGCCUGUAAUCCCAACACUUUGGGAGGCCAAGGUGGGCGGAUCAUCUGAGGCCAGGAGUUCGAGACCAGCCUGGCCAGCAUGGUGAAACCCCAUCUCUAAUAAAAAUACAAAAAAUCAGCCGGGCAUGGUGGUGCGCGCCUGUAGUCCCAGCUAUUCAGGAGGCUGAGGCAGAAGAAUUGCUUGAACCCAGCAGGCGGAGGUUGCGGUGAGCCGAGAUCACACUGCUGCACUCUAGCCUGGGCGACAGAGGGAGACUCCAUCUCAAAAAAAAAAAAAGUCUGAGAGUAGCUAAGAAUUUGGAGGAAUUUAUGUAAAAGCAAUCAGAGUUUUUAACUUAUGGGAACCAAAUAAAACUAUAACCUCUUAUAGUGUUUAUAGAACUCAGAAAUAAUAUUUAUUUAACUUUAUUAUGUGGCCAUAUUUUCCUGUGUUUCUAUAUAUAGUUUGGAAAACUAUCCUGAAUAGUCUGUUUUAUAUGCCUUAUAUUUAAAAGUUUGUUUUAGUUAUUUUGAAAGACUGUUGCUGCUGCAAAUAGUUAUGUGCUUUACAUUCUAAGCUUCAGUACAUUUAUUUAAGGGCAUCAUAAUCUGACCUGAGCAUCCACUUGGAGAAUGUUUUUUUGUGUGUGGUCUAGGGUGACAAAAGACCACAAAAAUGUGUGGUCUGGAUUUUUUCAACUACGUCAUUAACUUUAUGAUCCAAGACCAGUUAUAGGAUGAAUCUAUAUGUAAAAAUAGAGUCUUAUUUAUGGAAGGAAUUAUUCUAAGGGAAAAAUCCAGGGUCAAGCUGUAUCUUUUAUGUCCUUUAUAUUGCAUGUCUAUUUCUGUUACACAAUUUGUUAUUUCUUCAAAUUUCCUAUGGUAGCAUGGUAAAUCAUCAAAGAACCUGUUUGGGAUAUAAAACUCUGAUAGAAAAUAUUUAAUGAGCAUCUUGAUUAUAACCUAGGAUAUGUAUACAUUAGUAAAAUUACCAGAUAUACUACAGAACUCUCUAUUGAUUCAAACAGGUUGACCUCAAUCCAAGUUGACUCUUGCUAUCACUCUAUUGGCUGAAGGAGGUAACUCAAACCUCAGGGUUUGUUUUUCCCAAGACAGAUAGUAGUGAUCAUGCAUUAUAUUUUAAUAAGAAAAACCAGUAAACCUUGAGAAAUUUUAAAAAGCAUAGUUGAGGCAUAUUUUUUCAUAAUUAUAUACUUAUCUAUUUAUUGCCCAUGGAAAAUAUAUGUGUAGAAGUAUUUCUUCUGUUAUUUGUUACUAUUUUCUUAAUUUGUUCCAAAGAAAAUACUGCCAUACUGCAUUCCCUCUCGAAGGAAACAAAACAAAACAAAACUCACUCAAAACCAGCAGUGCUGCUAUCAGAUAAGUAGAUGUCAAUGUAUACUUACAAGGAGAAACUAAAAAAUGUAAUGUGUUAAUUCAGCCUUUUUCUAUGUAAUAUUUCCAAGUCAGACUUUCUUACAUUCCUGGAAUUUACUUUGAUACACCAAGAAUAAUAAUGAUAAAAUGUUUGCUUUGAUUACUGUGGGGGGAAAAAUGAAAUGUUCAAUUGUAUUAAAACAAACUUUUUAGAGAUACUGGUUUCCUGUCCUUGAAAGGUAUAAAGAAUUUAGAUCAUGCCUGUAAUCCCAGCACUUUGGGAGGCUGAGGCAGGUGGAUCACCUGAGAUCAGGAGUUCGAGACCAGCCUGGCCAACACGGCAAAACCCCAUCUCUACUAAAAAUACAAAAAUUAGCCAGGCAUGGUGGCGGGCACCUGUCAUCCCAGCUACUUGGGAGGCUGAGGCAGGAGAAUCGCUUGAACCCAGGAGGCAUUGAUUGCAGUGAGCUGAGAUUGCACCACUGCAUGCCAGCCUGGGCAACAGAGCGAGACUCCGUCUCAGAAAAAAAAAAAAAAAUUAGAGCUAUUGUGUCUUUAUUUUCUUAAAUUUUGCCCAAGGUAACAUGUUGUAUAUCCAGCCAUUUCAUUGCUGGUUUGGGUACAUAGGAUUUUGAAAGUGGUAUAUUAAAGUCUUUCCUUCCAAGUAUUUUGUAAUACUUGAAAAUUAUUAGAUGUCUACUGCUAACAAAAGUUAGAACUUAAACAUUUUUGUUUUUAUCAUUUAUAGCCUAGAUUAGGGACAUAUUUGCAUCAACCAAAUCAUCAUUAGAUUUGAAAAUAGGCAGAUGAAUGAACAAAUAUGGUCAUUGCACUUUCCUUUUACUUUCAGAGUCUAAGUAUAUUCCUUAAGGUUAGUAACCAGUCUUUAUUAAAAAUAUAAAUUUUUUCUUCAUGUCUAAUCCCAUUGCAUCCACAAUGCUGUGAUUUAUAGUACAUGAUCAACACUUAAAAGUACUUUAUGUAUGUGUGUUUCUGAAGCAAGUUUUCAUGACCUCUGUUAGAUUCUCAAAAGAAUUCAGAACUUCCCUUCAGUUUAAGAAUCACCAUUUUAAGAAUACAUGUGUACAUAUACACAUUAAGCAGUAUAAAGCAGCUAAAAUUGGCAUUGGUUUUACACUGGUGCAGUGUGCUUGGGUAAAGUAACUUCUUCCAUGUUUCAAGGUCAGGUUCAGAGUUGAAUGAAGCAUAGAUUUAAAUUUAGGAUUAGGCUUUGGAAUGUAUCUUGUUUUUAUUGUCUCACAUUUCUAAUAUUGACUACUUAUCCCAUAUUCUGUUUCAAAUUCUUUCUCAUAUUUCAAGUUCUUUCUCAUACUUCUUGAUCUUGGCUUAACUAAGCAAGUCAGUAUCACAGACUAGUUGACUGAACCCAAGAUUAACCAUUUUGCACUUGCACAAAACCUUAGCAUUUUGCUUUCAAUGAAUCAGAAAGUCAGUUCACUAAGAGACAGAUCAUGAGAGGAAAGAGAACUAGAGGCCAAUAAAUAAGAAAAUAAUUGUUCAUAUAUUAAUGUUGGCAUGUGAACUACAUAUCUAAAAUCUUGCUGGAGAAAAAUCGAGGCAAGAAUUUCCAGAACUGUCCUCAAAUAGCUCAUUUAUUUAAGUUUUGUUAAAAAGCAAAAGCGAAUUGAUUACAUUUGGUUAACUUUUCCUAUUCCAUGCACAUGAUAAAACAUGAUAAAAACCUUAUGGGCAUUACCUAUCACACAGUACUUAUGCAUAAACUUGUAAUAGUAAAAUUACUAAUGUUUGAUAAGAUGGAGGCAUUACAAAUAGUCUACAGUUUUUAUUUUAAGGAAUUGGACAUGAAGAAUUCUAGAUCAUUUUGUGUCUAUAAACCCGACUUUCUGUCUUGCCUUGGGCAAACUUUCUGUGCCUCAGUGUACUCUUUAAAUAUGUGAAGGAUGCUCUUUUUGAUUAAGUGCUUUGCACUCCUGAAUAAAGGACAUAGUAUAAGCACAAAGUAUGACUUAAAUUAUCACAAAUAUUACACAUCCUAUGUUCUUGAAUGUGCACACUUUUUUCUCAAUAACAAAAUGUAUCUUAAGUCAGUUUUUUUAAUGCUGUCAAAAUUUGUAGAAUUUUCUUUGAGUAUGGCAUCAUCUCUUCCCAAAUGCAUUUUACAGUUGCUUUUGUGUUCUAUAGACUAUAGAGUCAAAAUCAAGAGUAUUUUGGGAGGAUCAGAAGCAUUUAAAAAUCUAUUUUUUUCUACUAUCUUUCACAGAUCUAAAUAUUUAGAUUCUCUUUGCCUUUUUCUCCAUGGAAUACAGUGGUAUCAAAUUACUAAUACAGUAUAUAAACUUUGUUUGCAUUGGUGGAAUUCAUUUAGAUGUCUCAAGUAAUAUUUGAGGGCUAUAUAAAUUGUGUUUUUAGUGUAAAAUGUUAUUUGAUAAUGUGAAGUUAAAUCCCUUUUAGAAAGUGACUGAAAAUGGUAAAGGAACUCAUCAGAAUCUUAGAGUUCUUAAGUUCUCUGAUAAUUUAGUAUCUUUUAUUAAUGAUGUCCAACACCUCUAAGACUGUUGAGAAAACAUGAAGAAUUGAGGUUACUCUUCUCAGGUGACACUUUAAAUAUUAAAAUCAGAGGCUUCCUGAACAAAACAAAUUGCAAAAUAGAGAUAAUGGCAUGGGAGAGGCCAAAUGCAGGACUCUGGCAAAUUUAACUUAUUCUGAAUAUCUAUCUAAAUUUUAGUUCAUGCAUGUUCUUAUUAAUCCUGGUGUUUCUGCUCUUAGAUGUUAGAGUUUAAUAAAUUGUGAUAUGCAUAUAUUUUUUUACAUGAAGGAUUCUAGUUUCUAAUUUUACUUUUCUGAUCUCAAGAAAAUUAAACUUGAAAAACAGGGUAAAAUUCUUCAACUAUUGCCUCAAGUUCAGUUUUGUCCUAUUGUCCUGAGAAAGGAGAUUUAGACUUGUCUGCCUAACACAGGUAUUUUUGAGGGUAUGGUACUAUCCCAGAGAAAGUGUUGAGAUACCAUGGCAGAAAUACAAAACCUAAGCUUUGAACCCCAGUAGACUUCUUAUUCUGCCAUUAAGUCUCUCUACUUUAUCUGAUAUUCUAAGGAUUUCUUCAAACCACUUAAUAAUUUGUCACCAUUAACUUUAAUAUCCAGUUUUAAUAUGCACUGUAAUAUCCUGCUUUGAGAAGAAAGAAUGCCUCAUAAAUUAAGUACAAAACAAAAUGUUUUGGAAGGUGAUCCUGGCUCCUUUGGCUCUCAUAAUUGUUUUAUAGCUGAAAAUAAAAAGUCAAGAAACUGGCCUGGUGCGGUGGCUCAUGCCUGUAAUCCCAGCACUUUGGGAGGCUGAGGUGGGUGGAUCACCUGAAGUCAGGAGUUCGAGACCAGCCUGGCCAACAUGGUGAAACCCUGUCUCUACUAAAAAUACACAAAAAAAUUAGCCAGGUGUGGUGGCACAUGCCUGUAAUCCCAGCCACUGGGGAGGUUGAGGCACAAGAAUUGAACCCGGAAGGCAGAAGUUGCAGUGAGCCGAGAUUGCCCCUGCACUCCAGCCUGGGCGACUAAGCGAGACUCUAUCUCAAAAAAAAAGUCAAGAAACUGAAAUUCCCAUUUAAGUUCUUAAAUCAGUGAUCUGUCAAAAUAGGCCUUGUAACUGAAAUACCUUACAAAGCAGUUCUAACGCAAGUGUUUUUUAAAAAUUUUUAAUGAACCUUACAUUGUGAACAUAAUUGCAACGUGUUUUAAGACUAAUAGUAUUUAAUCCUUGAAGACCUGUCUUGUAUGUCUCUCAAUUUUGUCAGAAUUUUUAUUAUUGUUUUUCACAUAUGUGAAAUAAGCAUUUUUUUCAGGGUACAUAGGGUAUCUUUGUUUUACAGAUUUUUAAAGAUGAGGUUUUGAAAAGCCCUCAGAGGUUUUUGUUAAAAGACUAUCUUGCUUAAUAAAUGACAACUUCUUACAGAUUCACACAUUACAAGUCGGACAAUAUAACAGGAGAUUGGUGUGUGACUGCUACAAAACAGUCAGCAAAAGGAAUCAUGUUUGCUUGUGAAACUUCAGAGGUACCCUGAAAGUCAUUUCCUAAAGCUAGUGCAUGUGAAUCUUUUCCUUGAAUUGUGCAGGAUAAUUGGAUUGAGGCACAUAUUUUGAGGAGUAGCAAGUGGAAUGGUAUAAUGAUUACAGAGAAAAUUAUCUUGAAAUAUAGCAAGGAAGAGAAACAAGUUUUCUUUCUCCACUUUAUUGUUGGACUAAUUGAGUCAAUUUGCUGUGACAUAUCAAAGAUCUCUUUGUGCCAGGCCAAGAUUGGCUACUGAGUUCUCCAAGCGUUUUAAUAUAUAGAUUGCAUAUGAGUGCCUAUUUCUUCCUCCUCCUUUCAUUUUCUAUCUUAAUACCCUUUUUACUUCUGAAAUAAUUCAUCUGUUUUGCUUUAUGACCAGCUUUAAUUUCAACUGAGGAAUAAUAGCAACCCUAGAGAUUCAUAGGAAAGAGCAUUGAAAUACAUUUUUGUGUAAAGAUACCUAAAACCAUCUACCCAGCUUAGGGUUGAACUGAAUUUCUGUGAAAUAAAUUUGUUUUAAAUACUAAUUAUUUUAAAACUACUUAAUUCUUAGAAACAAUGUCUUCAGUUUCAAAAGUUUCACUUUGGGAGGAUAUUCCUAAAAAGGCAUACAUAGAUGGUAAAGUAUAAAAUAUUUCUGACAGAAUUAUUCAGUAUUAUUCAACACUUACUUUCAUGUUUGUUAUUGUACCACAAAGAUAGUGUCAUUGUUGGAUUAAAAUGUUGGCUGUUUUUGUUAAUAUACUUAAAACUGUAACCAGUGAAUAACACCUGUAGUAUUUUUUAUUAUAGAUUAUAUUUUAUUUCAAUAAACUUUGAUAUUUAGACCAAA